CGCCCAGCAUGGCGACGAUGAGAUUGCCAGCGGCAGCCAUGCCGGUCGACCGGGACAAGCUCAAGUAUGUGCAACUGCAUUAUGAGGGAAACGAAGUCAUAUGCACUGAAGAUGAGAUCACCCCCGACGAACGUGAGCUACUUCAGUACACGGCAACUCCCCCGCCUCGCUCCAAGGUGCUCCUCCAUAGUUGCUGCGCGCCGUGUAGUGGUGCCAUGAUCGAAGAGAUGAGAUACCUCAUGGACCUCGACGUGACAAUCUUCUUUUACAAUCCCAACAUCCAUCCGCGCAAGGAGUACGAGAUUCGUAAGGACGAGAACAUCAAGUAUGCCCUCAAGCACGGCAUUCCAUUCGUCGACUGCGACUACGACUCGGACUCAUGGUACAAGCGCAUGACCGGAUUCGAACUAGACCCCGAGCGAGGGAUUCGAUGUUCGGCAUGCUUUGACAUGCGCAUGGAAGUCACGGCCGCGUACGCUGUGCAGCACAACUUUGCUUACUUCACGACCACGAACGCCACAUCGCGAUGGAAGGACGAGACGCAGGUCAACUUGGCAGGAGUGCGCGCCGCCAAACUGUACAGAGAAGCGGCACCAACGACUCCAUUGCAGUUUUGGGUGUACAACUGGAAGACAGAUGCCAUGACGCGCCGCAAGUACCAGGUGUCCGUGGACGAAAAGUUCUACAAGCAAGAGUACUGUGGGUGUGCUUACUCGCUGCGGGACUCCAACAUUUGGCGGGCGCAACAGGGCAUCCCCAAGGUCAAGAUUGGGGGGGACGUGGCGGGGCUCGGCACGCGGUACUUCGAAGAUGUCGAGGCCGACGAAGCGGAGGAAUCGCAGGAGGUGGUGGACGCAUUCUUCACUGACGCGUCGCAGCACUUUGGAGACUCGAAGCGCGUUGCCAAGUACAAGGUGGCGUUUCAGUCCAAGCCACCAAAUGUCGUGGACUUUCAAGGGAGACUCAAGUCCGCGAAUGACGUGACCGUCAAUAACUGGUAGAUGCGGAAUAUGGAGUCCAGCUGUACCCUGGACACCGCCUUCACACUAGUACUACCAGCACUUGAAUCCAAUUUCAUUGGCCUGUGCACUGUUUGCUGAUCGAUACGCACAAUGUAAGUUAGUACACAUAAAAGUCAAG